GACGCUUAUCUCCUGAUCAGACUUAAGUGAGGAACCUAGAACUACUACUUUUGACUUGUACAACAAUGUAUGCUCUUAUUAACAGGUCCCAUGUUCUGCAGCGUCCUUCAGCGGGCGAAACGUGUGGAAGCUCCCACAACACACUGGGGACGCUGGCGCUCCACCGACAGACGAGACGAGUUACGGGAAGUGCACAGAAGAGGAACCACCAAGUUUUAGGAAUUUCCGCAUUAACUCGCCGAGGCAGACCCGGUGACCGAUGCAGCGAAUGAGUAAAGACUGAACAGACAUGGUAAAUUAGCAAGGAGAGCUUGAGUUUGCUGCUAAAUCCGCCCGUAGACAAGACAUGGGGCUGCCCACGCUGGAGUUCAACGAUUCGUUUCUGGACAGCCCGGACUUUAGGGAGCGUCUCAAAUGUCACGAAGUGGAGCUGGAGCGCACCAACAGGUUCAUCAAGGAGUUGAUCAAAGAUGGGAACUUGCUCAUCAAGGCGCUCAAAAGCCUCUCUGCAGCUGUGCAGAAAUUCUCCAGCUCACUCCAGGAUUUCCAGUUUGAGUGCAUUGGUGAUGUAGAGACGGACGACGAGGUGAACGUAGCUCAGUCCUUCAAGGAAUUUGCUCAGCUGUUAAACACCGUCGAAGAAGAGAGAAGACGUCUGAUACAGAAUGCGAAUGAUGUCUUAAUUACACCGCUGGAGAGGUUUCGAAGGGAGCAGAUCGACGCAGCCAAGGAAGAGAAGAAGAAAUUUGACAAGGAGUCAGAGAAAUAUUACUCCGCUUUAGAGAAGCACCUCAAUUUGUCAUCGAAAAAGAAAGACACUUUUUUGCAGGAGGCAGAUGUACAGAUUGAAAAAGACAAAGAGGUCUUCUACGAUGCCUCCCUAGAAUAUGUCUUCAAGAUCCAGGAAGUGCAGGAGAAGAAGAAAUUUGAAUUUGUCGAACCGUUGCUGGCUUUCCUGCAGGGCCUCUUCACCUUCUACCAUGAGGGCUACGAAUUGGUGGCCGAGUUUGAGCCUUACAAGCAGCAGCUGCAGUUCAACCUUCAAAAUACGAGGAAUAACUUUGAGAGCACGAAGCGGGAAGUAGAGAAGCUGAUGCAGAGGAUGAGGUCUGCAGAUCAUGACUACAGACCCCCGAGCCAAUGGACCAUGGAGGGGUUUCUGUAUGUUCAAGAGAAGCGGCCUCUGGGAUUUGCGUGGAUCCGCCACUACUGCACGUAUGAGAAGGGGACCAAGACCUUUACUGUGAGCAGUGCAGAAAACAAGUCAAUAGGCAAACAGUACAUUCCUGUCUCGGCCCCACCAGAAAUAUUCAAGCUGAAGUCUUGUGUCCGCAGGAAGGCCGACUCUAUCGACAAGCGCUUCUGUUUCGACAUCGAGGUCGUGGAAAGGCAUGGUGUCAUCACACUACAGGCACUGUCAGAGUCAAACAGGAGACUCUGGAUGGAGGCCAUGGAUGGCAGGGAGCCGAUUUAUGCUGGGAUAUACAAUCUUCCAGGAUUGUUGAGCAACAACGAAGAGACAUCACUGAAUGAGACUGGAUUUAACUUUGUGAAGAAAUGCAUUGACUUGGUAGAGAAACAGGGACUCAACACGGUCGGCCUGUACAGAGUUGGAGGGGUCAGCUCCAAAGUGCAGAGACUGAUGUCUGCAGUGUUUGGAGCCAAAGCAUCUCCUGACAUGGAUUUGGAUGCAGACACCUGGGACUUGAAGACAAUAACCAGCGGUCUGAAGAACUAUCUCAGCUGCCUGAAAGAACCACUCAUGACCUACGAGCUGCACAAAGAGUUUAUCAUGGCUGUCAAGUCUGACGAGCAGGACAACAGGGUCCGAUCUGUCCAAGCCCUAAUCCAUAAACUGCCAGAGAAAAACAAGGAGAUGUUAGACCUUCUCAUAAACCAUCUGGUCAGGGUGUCCUCGCACAGCGGUGUGAACCUGAUGACUGUUCCCAAUUUGGGAGUCAUCUUUGGUCCCACAUUGUUGCGAUCCCAUGAGGAGACUGUGGCAGCUAUGAUGAACAUCAAGUUCCAGAACAUUGUGGUGGAAAUUCUAAUUGAUAACUAUGAGCUGAUCUUCAGGCAGGCCCAAGACCCCAGCAAGCAUCUGGAUCUGCCCUGGUGUCGGCCCAGUUCCACCAGGAGCCGAGGCAUGCGGCUCUCCAUGAGCCCCAGAAAGACCAAGAGUUUGUACAGCCUGGGACUGUGCCUCAGCCGCAGCUUCAGUGAAGCAGACAGCCACCACCGAAGCCUUAGCCCUGAGGGUCACGCUGUGUCACUGUCUCCCCAUCCCCCAUGGAUAAAACGCUCCACUUCUUCGAUGUGUGGUGUUCCGUGGAAGGCAGCUCACACCUACAGCUGCACUCCAAGCCUGUACCCUGACCUAGGUCUUGGCCUGGAUGCUGGUUUUGAAGAUCACGUAGUCAAGUCAGAAAGGCUGCUGUAUGAAAAUUUGUUCUCCGCCUGCGAUGCCGAAAAAUCUCCCACAUCACCUGUAAAGUCUCCACAAAUCGUGGAAGAGUUCAAAGAUAAGGAUAUGAACAACACCGCUGGCCCUUUGCUCAAGUCUCCAGGCGCUGCUCAAGGGAGGAUUCAAAGCAACUGUGUGAGCUUUGUCCAGCUGGACAGUCAAAAGGCUCAGAUACACCCAGAUCUUCCACCCCAGCAAGCUGUCUCCCUCAGUAAUGGCUACCAGAGACGUGACUCAUGCAUUGCAAAAGCGAUCUUCUCUUACAAGGCAGAACACGCUGGUGAACUCAGCUUCCCCAGAGGGGCGCUGUUCUCAGAUGUGUAUCCGUCAGAGGACCCUCGCUGGCUCCAAGCAACAUAUGAAGAAAAAACUGGCCUGAUCCCCAAAAACUAUGUUGUCUUCUCGAAUGUUGUCAAGGAAGAGCUCUAGAGUUCAUGGUGUUAAUAACCAAAGAAAUUACAAUGUCGUAAAUUUUCUCAGUCAGAAAGCUCUUUGAAUUACUUUUGAUCUUCCAGAAAUAAAUUCUGUUCAUUGCAGAUAAGAGUAAUGCUAAUUCUAGCAGUAAAAAGUGCCAUGUGGCUACUCCUAGCCUUUUUCCAGAUUAUGGUAGGAAAAAUAUUUGUGAACCUUGAAAGAGCAACAGUUAUGUGUAGGAGGGAAAACGUUUUAAAGAUGUGGCUUUUAAUCUAGCGGUACUGAGAUAUUCAGUUAUUGUGUUUUUCUUUCCAGACUUGUUAACCCCCAUCAAUGUUAUGUGGUUUCCUUGGAAUAAAUUAUUAGGAGCUUUACGCCCUAAAAUUUAUUUAGCAAAAAUAAAUCUUUGUCCCUCAGGAGUGGGUGACUCAAGCAUAACUUGACCUUAAGUUUUAGCAGUCAUGAAAGGCACACGCAUUUGUUCCUUCCAAAUAAUUGUUCUUCGGGAGCCACUGAGCAGGUAUUUUUUAAUUUUCCGUGUAAUGAAUUUACUUUAAUAAUAGUAUUCAAUGACAAACAAUGUAAUGAAAGUCAAGAUUAAAAAAGACGCCAUUAUCUCCAUAGAAGAGAAACAGUAAUAGCAACUGUAAAAUUUCAGACAAGUUUACAAUUAUUUAUAUUUGGACUGUUGUUGAAAGUAUCUUUUUAUUUCCUUUUACACAACUGAUGGCCCACAUGUUGUAAUAAAGCUCAAAGACAGGAGUUGCCUUUUAUGAAUCCUUCAAUGGAAAGCCAAGUUUUAAGUGAAAUAUUUCUAUAUGUCAGUUUUAAUGAGUGAAAGAUUACUGAGCUUGACUGCACAAGUCUCCAAGGAAUUCACUUCAAAUCCUUUGGCAAGGUCAUCGUGUUCUGUUCCAUAUAAACACAUGAGAGUGUGGGAUGACUCCGAAUACUCAGACUGGAACAGCUUGCCUUUUAUUUGCAACUUAAGUAGCUCAAGUCAUUUUAGCUGUGGGAAUCAUUUAAGGAAAGAUUAUUUAUUAGCAUAAAUAAUUAUUUACCCUAUACAUCAAUGAGUAAAUACAGGUAAGAAUUCAUAUAACUGAUCAAUUUAUUCUGUACGACAUUUUUGGUCCGUUUUCAAUUACACGUGUAAAUUGAUGGCAAUGUUGCUGCAAGGCGUAAACCAUAAAAUUGCAAACAUAAUGAAUUAACUGCAUUUAUAUGAUAUACCUGGAAAAUAUAAAACAAACACAAUACUAAAAUAAAACAAAGUUGCAUUACUUUUUAAACCCACAGGAACCAACAUUUGGCAGAACAGAAUAAAACUUUUCAGAUAUCCUGUUCAACAUUACAAUUUAGAAUAGGGUUAUAGCUGGCUUUAUAUUAAAGAGCACAAUCAUUACAAUGCACAAGGCAGUACAGAAUAAGAUAACAAAACAUAUUUAAACAAUAAACCAACUCCUCUUUUCCUUGUGAUCAUAUCAUUUACAAUGUAAAAAAAAAUUCUGCAUUUCUUGUGAAACCUUUUCAAUGAACAGUGCAACAGUGCAUUACACUUUAAUAAAUAAUGACUGUACGAACUUAAGACAAAUUUUAUGCAUCGCAAAAUAAAAUACUUUACACCGUAUGAAAGAAAUUCCCUUUGUCAUAACUUGAAGAUACUUUAGUUUUAGUGUUCUGAGAUCCUGACUAUGCCAACUUGUACUUCAGUUGACUUUUGUUUGAUACACAGCUGUUUUAACACAAAUAAACCAGAUUAUGUCUAAUUUGACUGUAAAUCUUUUUUUUUUUUUUUUUUUUUUUUUUAAAUUCUAUUAACUUAAUUUUCUUUUGUUAAAAGACUACCGUGCUGAUAUCACAUACACUUGGAGACUUCAAACAAAGAGAUUUGAGGAAGGGUAAAUAUAGUAUGGUAAUGAUAUAUCUACUCUUGUCUUAAAACCUGUAGUUCUUGGGCUUUAUUUGUCAUUACAUGACCUGGUGUUUCACACAAACCUCUGUGGUUCAUCUCUGAAUUACCAUUAUUUACCAU